AUGAGCUAUCCAAAGCAGCAGGGCUACAUACCCGAGUACGCCGGCCCGCCGCCCGUAGAUUUGAGCGAGCCAGAGUGUCUCGACCAUGCACUCAGGCAGAAUAACCAGGAGAAGAUUUACUUCUUUAUCGAAAAUCCAACCUUCGAUGGGGAAAUAAACGCACCUGGAUACGCAGGUCAACGACCGCUGCAUGUCGCCUCCAGAAAGUCGGACAUGAAACUAGCGAUGAAACUACUCUCUUCAGGGGCAGAUGUCAAUAGCAGAACAGACUAUGGCGAGACGCCUCUUCAUUGCGCCGUUCUUGCCGGAAGCUUGCCUAUUGUAGAUUUGCUCAUUGAAUCUGGCGCAAACGUAAAAGCCGUCGACAACGGGAACGGUUCAAUCAGCCAUUCCGCGGUGCGACAAGGCUUCGUGGGCAUGGUUCAUUAUUUGAUAGAAAUGGACCUUUUCAACGCAACGGCAAAGGACAAAUAUGGCCGAACGCCGCUGCAAGAGAGUCUGCACAAGAAUCAAAUGGAGACGGCAGAAGUUAUCCUGGAUCAUUUUCCCCGAAGCGCUCGAGAAGAAGACUCGGAACUUCAAAGCGCCGUCCAUUAUUCUUGCCAAAGUUUAAACACGCAAAUAACAUGGAAAAUCUGCGAAACAGCAGGCUGGGAUUUGCUCCAAAGAAGAGACAGAGGUGGAUUUCUGCCCCUUCAAUUGGCGGACAAUAAGGCGUCAGAAAAAGAUCGAGGCCGUGGAAAUCCGAUGAAGCCGGGAUCUACCCCCUCGUCACCAUUUAGCGACCAGUUUCUUGACGUCACCUGGAAUAAGAAAGCAAAAUUCGCUGGCUCAAAAAUUCAAGCGCAGAAUAUGCAGCAGCCGAUGAAACUGGUUGUUGGUCUUCUUAUCGUUUCGCUUUUAAUGGAAUACUACGAAAUCAAAAGUAUUUUCGCUGUUCUUCCUUUCCUUUUGUUCGCAAUUGGAAUGCUAGUCUUUCUGGGUAAAAAGAACGGACACCGGAUCAAACACCCCAGCGGCCUUCCCAAUCCCUUCUUCAAAGGAUUUUUCCUCUCUACAGUUCUCGCCUGUUUCCUUUCAUUCUACAUCAACUUGCUGCUGCGUCCCAUUUUGCGCGAUGAUGGCCACUUCAAAAGCAGCCUAAUCUUCUGUAUUUUUCUCCAUGUUUGCAUGGCCAAAGCUACCAAAGAGGUCCUAACCGCCCAUCCCUUCAAACUUCCGCAAUCAACUACUUCUCAGAAGCCCAAUGCCGCGUUGCAGCGCAUUAUCGACCAAGACGCCCACAGCUCGAAUUAUUGUCACCAGCUGAGAAUUAUUCUCCCGCCAAAGGCCAAGUACUGCAAACUCACCAACGCCGCCUAUCUUGACUUUGACCAUCAUUGCCUUUUUCUUCAAAGAACUAUUGCCCGUGGAAAUCACAGGCUGUUUGUAAUCUUUAUCGGAACCAUGGUGCUCAACCAGCUCGGAUAUAUUUAUGCACUGUGCAUCGUCGAUAGAGAAACGCCUUGGACUGCUUUCGAAAUGCUUUGCACCAUUCUUUGCAGUGGAGGUGCUGCUAGUAUGUGUCUGAUGCUUCACCUCAACUUCCAAACCAUCGGUCGUGGGGGAACGCAGUACUUCCCAGCGAUACACCAAAAGUGGCGACUUUCGAACCUCAUCUACUUCUUCAAAGAAAACCAAAUCAAGGACCAAGAAGGAGCGUACAUCAUCUGA